AUGGAUGGACACAAACUAAAGAUAAACCCUCAUGCAGUUCAACUCAGAUCAUCUGAUCUUGUUGUCCUCGAUUCUUCUCAGAGUGUUUUUUACACUCUACCAUUUCCCAUUUCUCAGGAGAGUGUGGUGGUUAAACGGUUAUCUGGAAAGGGGGAAAAAGGGUACGCAGAUGGAGAACCGGGUUUGGCUCAGUUCAAUAAACCAAAGAGUUUUGCAGUUGAUCUUAGAGGGAAUGUUUAUGUGGCUGAUCAACUAAACCAUGCAGUGAGAAAGAUAAGCAACUCAGGUGUGACCUCCACCAUCGUUGGUAAUUACUCCCAGAAAGGUCGGCAGGAUGGUCCAGGGAAAACUGCAACAUUCUCCAGUGAUUUUGAGGUGCUUUUUGUUCCUCAAAUAUGCGCUUUACUCAUCUCAGAUCAUGGCAAUCAACUGCUUCGCCAGAUUGAUCUUAAACCAGAGGAUUGUACAGGAAGGCAUCAGCCCCAAGACAUGGAAGCAUUGCCAAAUCAAUCUGGCGAGUCUAAUACCGAUGAGUUGCUUCGACGCCAGAAACGCAGACCUAGGGUUUCAAACAAGCAUUUCGUAUCCUUGAUGGAUGCUGAUAUAAAUAGUUGUGUGGUAGGCAAGUCACAGACGUUUGCUGAUCAGUUGAAGGAAUUGAUAGAUCUUAAUGAUUUUAAUGUUCCCUCUCAAUUAUCAAGCUCGGCAAGUGACAUCUUGAAGCUAGGAGAAGGGGGUCAAGAGAGACGUGAUGCUUCAUCGAAUGGCAACGGAAGGAUAAAUGAUAUGAUCCAGGCUAACUUCAUGGGAUUCGUUAAGCUGGCCAAUGAAACAACUCCAGUUGAUGUGCCUGUGGUAGGGAGUAUGGGUUUAGUUAAAAGGAGAUGA